AAUCGACAUGUACUAAUAUCUAUCUCCUAACCCUCCAUGAAUUCCUCAAGGUUAAAGAUGAGCUUAUCUUCGAGGUCUUGAAGCCGAAGCGCCUUCAGUGUAUGAGAUAUAAAGGCAUUGCUCCACAUUUAGUCUGUUCCACACACACAAACAAAUAAACACCCUCAAAAACACACAGGAGGGAGAUGGGCAAGCUAAAUAAAGAAGCAGAAGACCAAAAGAAAGUAUUCAAGCAUGAUUCGCAUCAUCAUCCAGUAGUACUCACCAAACUAUACAGCACCAAUGAAACACUGUGCGCCGGCUGCAGAAUUAACAUCCUCCCUGGGGAGGACUUCUUCACCUGCAUGCCGUGCCAUUUCUUUCUCCACAAAAGAUGCUCUGAAUUACCCUCCACUACACACGAUUCCCAUCCUCAUUUGCUUAUUUUAAAAUUCAAAACACCUUAUGAAGGAGAAGAAGGCUUCAGGUGUGACCUCUGUGCACAACCAGGUACCAACCAGUGGCUCUACUGCUGCCAGCAAUGCCAUUACGACGUGCACCUAAAUUGUGCCCAACCUCAAACUGGGCCAAACUUCGAAGCUUCUUGCAGAUCCCGUAGUCUUGCAAACGUCAAACCAGCACCUCUGAUUAAUGCCAUGACUUCUGAUACUCAAUCAGCGAAUCCGCCAUGUGGGAUUCGGAAGAACUUGCACAACUUUCAUCCAGGUAACACGUCGGUGGCCAAUCAGCCGGUUCUCGUCAGCCCCAAUGCAAUGACAAUGACCGCUAAUCAAGUCCCUUUAAACACCACAAGCCCACCAAUCAUUACAUCGCAGUACGCGCUAAACGCUGCUUAUGUCCAUCAGUCAGGCAAUAUCCCAAACGGACUCCGAGCAAGCGGUUACCCCUUUAGACCAACCACUGCCUCGAGCACCAUUCAACCAAUCCCAAUGAGUCUGGAUGGAACAACAGUGUUCACCACUCGGAGUCCCAUGAACAACAGCACAAACCCUCCAAUGGGUGUCCCCCAAAGCCGGCCAUGCGCGGCAUAUAGCAACAACGGCGUCGUGUAUCUGACCGGCGCUCAAGGGACCAACAACCAACCGAUAUACCUUAGGCCGAAUGGCGGCGGAGUUCCAAUGGCCGCAGUGGUUCCACAAAACCAAGGGCUUUGUUGUGGGAAUCCAGUGUACAACGGAGCGAAUCACGGCAUGAUGGGUGGUAUGAAGGCGAUGGCAAUUGGAGGACUCGUUUCUGGGGUUGGGGAAUCGUUGGGGGGAGAGAUCUUCCAAGGGGCCGCCGACUUGUGGGGCGGCGGCGGCGGCGACGGAUCGAUGGGUCCUGAUGGGACAGAGUUCAUGAAUUCCUACGUCGGUGAUUACUUCUAGUUCUGAAAUGCUCAGCUUGCAAUUCAAAGUUUCCUUUUUUCCUAGUAUCGUCAUGCGUUCUCGCGUGCAAUAUAGCAGUGUAAUUUCGAGUGAAUCCAAUACUGUUCUUCCAAACAUAAUAAAACGUUCGAGCUGGAAAUUUGGCAGCAA